AUUUAGAUUGUUGAUUUGAUGUUUUUUUUGGAUUACAAUAUAUUUUGAACACUUUGGUCUUUGUUUAAUUUGGGCAUCAGAGUUAAAACAUUUCUAUUCUCUAAUUGGUUUUGCUCUGUGUCAUCAGCCAAUCAGCUUCUUCCCUGCUGAUCCUUCCCUUCCAUGGCCAGAGUUCUUGUUCAAAAUAUUGCAUUGGUGAGAUUUUCAGGUGCACCUACAUCAUCUUCAACAGUUUCCUUAACAACCGGUCGUUUAUCAACUCGCAAACAGGAACGCGUCGUGGAGUUACCAUAACGUUCCAUUAAAAGGCUUUUACGUCUGCUGAUGGAGAGUUCCGACUUUCCUUUUGGGUCACCGAGUCGAGGCUUGUUUCCUACGCAUUGCGGACGCCACAUCUGGUGGCGUGCCAACUCGCAUUAUUCAAAUCUAAUUUAGUGGAAAGUACUUUUGGUUGGCGCGCAAAACAGUUUUGUCUGUCUGUGGUGCAAAUCAGCACUUUUGUGUGCGUCUUUGUGUUUGUGUUUUACGAGGCCUGCAUUGCAUUACAAAAGAUGCGAGUUUAUAGCUUCGAAUAAGCUUAUUUAAUCAGCUGACCAUUCUGCUGUCAUGGUUUGACUCAGUGGAAAAAAAAAGUACACUUAGCAAUCCUCCCUAAAUGUCAUGUGGUGAAUUUUCCUUCUGAGUACCACCCACCCGUUUUUUCUAUGUACGGGUGAUGUACGGGGACCAUUCCCACGGGAGCAUUCAUCUAGAUUCCCUUUAACUAAUUAGGAUGGAGGGAAGAGGAGGUCAACGGGAUGGCCUGAGACAGAGCAUGUGUGCACCACGUGAGUCUUAAUUGAAUGAAAGCUCCUCAGAUGUUGUAAACAAGAAGAGUUCCGUUGUCUUCUGCUUUAUAGUCCACCUGCUAACCUCAACGUGACACCCUCCAAUGUAAACCCCAGACUGGAAUCGAUCAAACAUAACGGGAUUAGCAGUUGCAGCAGUUCUUACCCAUAGUUUGUGUUCCUCGCCAACUCACCCAGCGGAUUCCUGAUGAAGCAUCCACAAAGUCCGCUUGAUGUCUCCUUGCUGCUCCUAAAUCAACCUUAUAGGCCAUUUUAGAAAUGACUCCCAUCAGGAAGUGCAUACAUUCUCUUUUCCUCCAUUUGUGCUGAGAAAUGUAUGAGCUAGCAUCAAUAGCUGCUGAUCCUUGUUAUUAUCAAAUUGGCAAGUUUGAGAACAAAAUGAUGGACUGAUGCUAAAUUAGCUGACAUCAAUAGAAGAAUAGACUGGUUAUACAACUUGCCAUCUGACUCUCAUCUAAGCAAAAAAAAAAUUAAAUAUAAUUCACAUUACCCAAAAGCUUAGGGCUGAUGAAAUUCUAGCAGAUCAUUUUCAUGUAACACCUUUGUAAUGACAAUCCCCUAAAGCGCCUGUCAUAAAGCCAGGAGUGAAAUCUGCCUCGUGUCAGCGUUUACAAUGAGAAGCACUUGCGUGAUUAGAUGUCUCUGCGAUCAAUGCCGCCUCUUCUGACGAUCAUUAAGACUGCUCUUAACAGAUUACAGCCCCCCUCCCUAACACGUACUGCCCCCUUCUCAUCUUCUCUUCCUUGCUCCUCCUUUCUCGACACACACACAUCGGUCUGCAACACACACACACACAAGAAGACCUUACUUCUUCAUUCGAACUAUUUUUUUUUGGACAUGCGGAGCAUCCCGAUCGUUCUGUCAACUUUUGGCUGAUGACGUGCUGAUUUCGUGACAGUGAUAUGACAAACUAAGUAACUCCAGUCAAAGUCAGAUGCCAGAAGCCAUGGACCGGCUCGCCAUCCUCUGUCAUGUCAUGAUUUUGUGUUUCAAUCCAUCAGGAGCUACUCGACUUAUUACAGUGGACGCAUUUGAAGCGAGAGGUCAACGUGUGUGCAAGGCAGGUAACGGCAGGCCCUGUUACAAGCUGGCCUACUUCUCCGAGCUUCGUCGGAGGCUGAAUUUCGCGGAGGCCGACCUGGCCUGCCGUCGUGACGGCGGCCAGCUCCUCAGCGUGGAAUCGGAGUCGGAGCAGAAAAUCAUCGAGCAGCUCAUAACGGAUCUGAGACCGACCGACGGAGACUUCUGGAUCGGGCUGCGGCGUAACCAUGGAGAUGAAGACAGCAGUAGUAGUAGCGAAUGCUCAUCGCAGUAUCGCUGGCUGGAUGGUACAAAGUCUACAUUUAGGAACUGGCACUGGGAUGAGCCGUCCUGCGGCUACGAGGUUUGCGUGGUGAUGUAUCAUCAGCCGUCCGCUCCACCAGGACUGGGAGGUCUUUACAUGUUCCAAUGGAACGACGAAAACUGUGACACCAAACACAACUUCAUCUGCAAAUACACAGCAGAAAACUCAGCUGAUUCAUCUCCUGCAAACUCCACACAUGCAGACAUCGUUCCCUCAUCUGUCCCAUGGAAUCCAAGUGACCACAACGCAAAGAGGAGCACAGCCCUGAAUGUGAUCUACAUCAUCAUCCCCACCAUUCCGCUCAUUCUGCUGCUGCUAACAGUGACAGGCGUCUGCUGCUUCAAAACGAUCGUUGCACGACGAACGAAAGAGAAAAAGUCAGAGGUACCCAAGACAGAGCCUAGCGCUCGGCUCAGCCCGACCCCGACUGACGUCUACAACGUGAUUCGCUCCCAGAAGGACGACGACUUGAUGUCGGGUCGCCCCCACACUAAAAACACAUCCUUUCUAUGCUCGUCCCCGGACACCCCCACGGGGGAUUACGACAACCUGGGGGGCCGCGACACCGAGAGCGGUUUUGUGACUCUGGCCAGCAACGAUAGCUGCUUUCUUAAUUUUGACCUCAAUGACCUCAGCUUGGGUCGUCGGGGUACGCGUGACCUCUACAACAGCAGCUUAGGCCGCCCGGCGAAGAGAGACGCGAUCGAUGGGAGUCUAGCUCGACCCGGACAGUUUUACGACCGCAGUCUGGGCCGCCGUACCACUAAGAGCGAGCAUUUCGGUAGCGCCGGCGCCUACGGGGACCACGAGUUGUUCGAUGACAUCCUGGCGGCCAAGAGGGAACUCUACGAACCCAAAGUGACGCCCAAAGCAGAUUUGUAUCAGACCUACAGCAACAACGGCAAUGGGGAUUCUUACCAAAGCAUCCUGGGAACGUACGGGAGCCGUAAACCAUACCAGGCUACAUUGGAGAACUACAGAAGUGGUCUGAAUCUCGACGGAGGGAGAAGAUAUUUAAAUGAACAGCAAUGGCUCGACAGUGGGAAGUACUGAUGUGUGCGUAAUAAUGUUGUCUGAUGUUGGAUGUUAUGUAGAAUGAACUGAGCAUGGUGCAUUUGGUUUCAGGUAAUGAAUUUCCUUUAAAAAAAAAAUUAAAAAAAAGUCUGCAUGACUUUUGCAUGACCUGUUGACAUCUCACUGAUAUGCUUGUCAAUGUUCACUGAAUUUAUUUAACAGGAGACUGCAAGUGCUUGUUUUUAUGUUGUACAGUGCCACAAUC